AUGACUCCAGGAAUACAAAUGGAACUUGAAAAGUAUCGUCAGAAGAAUCCACUGGAAGCUGUAAUUAGAACGGUGUUUACGCCCGUGAUCAGAGAGCCCGCAGAUGAGGAUGUUAUUUUUGUCAGAAAGUUCGCAUCUUUGACAGGAGAUUUGCAGUAUUUAUCUAAGGUUGAUAUAGAAUGUAUUGCGUUAACAAGAAGACUGCAAAUUGAAUCUGGAGAUACAUCAAAGCUGAGAGAGACUCCAAUGACGCUUAAAAUAGAUAAAACACCCAAAGGUAAGAGUAAAGAAAAAUCAAACAAAAACCGCAAAACUGAAAGUCAAGUGGGAUUCGACUGCUGGAUCGGAUCACAUAACGUAAAUAGCUAUAAUAUGGAUUUAUCGGAUAAGGAUGAUAGAAAAGUAAGCUGUAUGACCACAGAUUUUGCAAUGCAAAACGUGCUAAUUCAAAUGGGAUUAAACGUAAUAACACUGGACGGAUUUAUAGCAAGGACAAUAAGAAGAUGGGGACAAAUGUGCAGAGCAUGCUAUGAAGUGUUUCCAAACACAUCGAGAAAGUUCUGCGCAAAAUGCGGAAACGCAACAGUGGAUAAGGUGCCAGUAACAGUAAACUCAGAAUCAGGAGAAAUUGUGGCAAGAGACACGAGAAAGUGGGUUAACACAAGAGGAACAAUAUACACACAGCCGAAGCCAGCAACAGGAAGAAACACGAAGCCAUACAUUGUUGCCGAAGAUCAAAUGCUAAUGCCAGCAUUUAAAAAUUACAUGAGACAAAUCAAUCGCAAAGAAAAAAAAGACUCGAUUUUACACUUCUACGGAGAGGACACGAAGGAAAACAAUAUUUCACCAAUCGACAUAAUAUCAUCGCUGAACCACGUGCCGAUUGGACUGGGAAAAGGGAACCCAAAUUCAAACAGAUGGAUUCAAAAACACAAAAGAAGUUUAAAAUCAAGCUAA